CGGACUUUUUCCAGUAUGAGUCGUCCAGAGUCCAUGCAGGGGGCGACAGAGGUGAUGCUGAAGACCGAGGUGGAGGUUGGGGCCAGCGGCUACAGUGUCACUGGCGGUGGGAGUCAGGGGAUCUUUGUCAAGCAAGUGUUGAAGGAGUCCUCGGCUGCCAAGCUCUUCAGCUUGAGAGAAGGGGACCAGCUGCUCAGUGCAACCAUAUUCUUUGACGACAUCAAAUACGAAGAUGCUCUCAAAAUCCUUCAGUACUCAGAGCCGUACAAGGUUCAGUUUGGAAUCAAACGGAAACUUCCUGACAGAGAGAACGAGGAGGGGGCCCUCAGUGAUGCGCAACAUGGCCCAAAGGGCCUCGAGAAACAGGACAAGGAGGUUGCCGAUGGGUGCGCAGAGGGCCCCAUAAAGAUACUGGAAGGAGGUGGGGACCAAGACAGUCUCCUUCCCAAGGCCAGGGAGGGGCGCGGUAGGCGACCCCAGAAGGAGAGGCUCUCCUGGCCAAAAUUCCAAGCAAUGCGGCCCAAGUACGGGCAGGGACCCCGGCGGUCACACAGCUCCUCAGAGGCCUACGAGCGGGGCGCCCCAGAUGUGUCCCCCACAAGCACAGACACAGAGGCCCAGCUCCCAGGGGAGGAGCAGGAGCUGCAGGGCGGCCAGCACACAAGGAAGUUCCUGAGCCUGCGAUUCUGGAUGGGCUCAGGGCGUCCAGGCAAAGGGGCCCAGGGGGGGCCCGUUCCAGGGGUCCUGGAGGAGGCAGAGUUCUUGGACACAGGUGUCCUGUUGAGCACAGAGCCCAGCGGCUAUGGGGAAGGAGUGCCAGAAGAGGCUGCAGGCCCUGCAGCCAGACGCAGAAAGAAGAAGACCAAGGAGGACACAGCCCAGGAGGAAGUGGCCGGGCAGACGGGGCCCAGGGGUGGCCCUGCCUCCGAGCAGGCCUGGGGGGAGAAAGGGGACGCAGUGCGGGAGCUAGAAGCCGGGAUUGCCAAACUGUCUUUGCAAGAUGCCACCGUGGCCAAUGGCACACAGAGUAGCCUACCAGAAAUACGAGUCCGCAUCCCCCAUUUGCAGACACCCUGCUUUGGGGUCUCCAAACAAAAAGUACUGGAUGCAGAAACAGCCAUCUCCGAACCCCAGCUGGGGCUGCAGCCAGGAAGGCUCUCUGGAGAGGUGCCUGGGCCCAGGGUGGAGGUGGAAGGAGAAGCAGAGAGCCUGGGAGCUGGAGCACCCCAGGAGGACUUGCCAGAACACGGGGAUCAGAGAAGACAGAGGCAGACAGCAGGGCAGGCUGGAGCAAUAGUCAGGGCUGAAGAAAAAGAUGUGGAGGGCAUCGAGGGAAAGCUAAAAAUGCCCAAGUUCAAAAUGCCCUCAUUUGGAUGGUCACCCAGCAAGGAACCAAAAACACCUGGGGCAAAACAUCCACAAGAAGCUAGAGGCAGCCAGGUCAUAGCUGGGACAGCCAGGCCACAAGCGAGAGCCAGCGAAACAGAAACAGAACCCGAACAUGACGAGCAACAACGAAAAACAUCCAUAAAAUUACCAGGAGGCAGAGCAGAUGGUGUGAGCCUGGAGGGAGAUGUGUCCCUGGCAGACAAGGACGUGGUCACCAAAGACAGCAAGUUCAAGAUGCCCAAGUUCAAGAUGCCGUCCUUUGGGGUGUCAGCUCCCAGCAAAGAAGAGGCAUCCUCUGUGGAUGUGUCCUUGCCCAGGGUUGGGGUGGAAGCAUCCCUGCCCUCCCUGGAGGGAAACAUCCAAGCUGCAGAAGUGAAGGCACAGCUGCCAGCAAAGGAAGUGGACAUGAGAGGAGAGACCAUCAGCAUAAAAAUGACAGGAGAGGUGUCAGUGGGAGACACCAGGGUCCAAGAGGAGGAAGCUGGGCUAAAGGAGAACAUGCCUAAGGUUCAGAUUCCAGGCACCAAGAUGCCAAAGGUGGACCUGAAGGGCAUCAAAGUGGAUGUCAGCCUCCCCGAUGUGGAGGUGUCACUGCCCAAGGUCUCAGUGGACUCUCCGGCUCCCAGGUCCUCCGGGAAGGGUGUGAAGGUGGAGGGAGAAGUCAAGCUGAGAGACAAGGACAUGAAGACCAAGGACAGCAAGUUCAAAAUGCCGUCUUUCAAAAUUCCAUCUUUUGGCGCGUCUCCUGCAAGCAAGGCCAUUGAGGCACCAGUGGACGUGCCUCUGCCAGAGGCACAGGUGGACGUGUCCCUCCCCUCCACUGAGGGAGAAGUCAAGACUGGUGACCUCAGCAUUCAACUCCCAUCUGCCGAUGUGGAAGAGAAGGGUGGCGAGGUGGGCGUUAAAGUCCCUGAGGGCCAGCUGUCCAAAGGAGAGCUCACGGGACAGGCCGUUGGAAGUGAUCUCAAAGGGCACCUGCCCAAGUUCCAGAUGCCCAGUGUCACGAUGACCAAAGUGGACUUUAAAGCCCCUCAGGUGGAUAUUAAGGGCCCCGAAGUGGACACGAAAGCAAUUAAGGGGGAGGUGGCCACCCCUGAUGUGGAUGUGUCCCUGCCAAGGAUGGAGGUGGACAACCAGGUGCCAGGCACCAAAGUGGAGGGCGAUGUGACCCUGGGACAUAAAGACUCAGUUGUCAAAGACAGCAAGUUCAAGAUGCCCAAGUUCAAGAUGCCAUCCUUUGGUGUGUCUGCGCCAAGCAAGUCAAUCGAGGCAUCAGUGGACGGAUCUCUACAGGAGGCACAAGUGGACGUGUCCCUCCCCUCCCCCAAGGGAGAAGUCAAGACUGGCGACCUCAGCAUUCAACUCCCCUCUGCUGACGUGGAAGCGAAGGUUGGUGAAGUGGGCAUGAAGCUCCCUGAAGGACUGUUGCCAGAGGGCCAGCUGCCCCAUGGAGAGCUUGCAGGACAGGCUGUGGGAGAUGAACUCAAAGGGCACCUGCCCAAGUUCCAGAUACCCAGCGUCAAGAUGCCCAAAGUGGACUUCAAAGCCCCUCAGGUGGACACCAAGGGCCCCAAAGUGGACUUGAAGGGGCCCAAAUUGGACAUGAAAGGUUUCAAGGGGGAGGUGGACAACACAGACUUGGAGGUGGCUCUACCAAGUGUGGAGGUGGACAUCCAGGCACUGGGUGCCAAGCUGGAGGGUGACGUGUCCCUGGGAGACAAAGACUUGGCCACCAAAGACAGCAGGUUCAAGAUGCCCAAGUUUAAGAUGCCAUCCUUUGGGGUGUCAGCUCCAAGGAAGGACUUGGGAUCCUCCGUUGACUUGCCAGGGCCCAAAGAGGGUAUGGAGUCGUCCCUGCCCUCCCUGGGAGUAGAGAUCACACCUGCUGAGGGGAGCAUCCCAGUGCCACGUGCUGACAUCACCCAACCAGGGGCUGAGCUGGACUUGUCCGUCCCAGAGGUGGAGGUGACUGUUGGAGAACUGAAGGAUAAAACUGAAGGGGCAAGGAUCAAAGAACAGCUGCCCAAGGUCCAGAUGCCUGACAUCAAGAUGCCCAAGGUGGACCUGAAGGGCCCUAAGGUGGACAUCAGCUUCCCUGAAGUGGACGUGUCCCUGCCCAAAGUUGAGGUGAGUGCCCCGGCUCCCAGGAUCUCCAUGGAGGGUGUGAAGGUGGACGGAGACGUCAAGAUGGAAGACAAGAACAUCAAGACCAAGGAAGGCAAGUUCAAAAUGCCCUCUUUCCAGAUGCCAUCCUUUGGUGUGUCUGUGCCAAGCAAGUCCACUGAGGCCUCAGUGGAUGUGUCUCUGCCAGAGGCACAGGUGGAUGUGUCCCUCCCCUCCCCCAAAGAAGAAGUCAAGACUGGUGACCUCAGCAUUCAACUCCCAUCUGCUGACAUGGAAGUGAAGGGUGGCGAGGUGAGCAUUAAAGUCCCUGAGGGCCAGCUGUCCAAAGGAGAGCUCACGGGACAGGCCGUUGGAAGUGGUCUCAAAGGUCACCUGCCCAAGUUCCAGAUGCCCAGUGUCACGGUGCCCAAAGUGGACUUCAGAGCCCCUCAGGUGGACAUCAAAGGACCCAAAGUGGACCUGAAGGGCCCCAAAGAAGACUUGAAAGCCCUUAAGAGGGAAGUGGCCACCCCUGAUGUGGACGUGUCCCUGCCCAGUGUGGAGGUGGACAUCCAGGCACCAGACACCAAGGUGGAGAGUGACAUGUCCCUGGGACACAAAGACUCAGUUGUCAAAGAUAGCAAGUUCAAGAUGCCCAAGUUCAAGAUGCCAUCCUUUGGUGUGUCUGCACCAAGCAAAUCAAUUAAGGCAUCGGUGGACGUAUCUCUGCAGGAGGCACAGGUGGAUGUGGCCCUCCCCUCCCCCAAGGGAGAAGUCAAGACUGGCGACCUCAGCAUUCAACUCCCCUCCGCUGAUGUGGAAGUGAAGGGUGGUGAAGUGGGCGUGAAGCUCCCUGAAGGACAGUUGCCUGAGGGCCAGCUGCCACAGGGAGAACUCGCAGGACAGGCCAUAGGAGACGAACUCAAAGGGCACCUGCCCAAGUUCCAGAUACCCAGCAUCAAGGUGCCCAAAGUGGACUUCAAGGCCCCUCAGGUGCACAUCAAGGGCCCCAAAGUGGACCUGAAGGGGCCCAAAUUGGACAUGAAAGGUUUCAAGGGGGAGGUGGACAACACAAAUGUGCAAGUGGCUCUGCCAACUGUGGAGGUGGACAUCCAGGCACCAGGUGCCAAGGUGGAGGGUGAUGUGUCCCUGGGAGACAAAGACUUGGCCACCAAAGAUAGCAAGUUCAAGAUGCCCAAGUUCAAGAUGCCGUCCUUUGGGGUGUCGGCUCCAAGGACAGACUUAGGAAUCCCUUUGGACUUGUCAGUGCCCAAAGUGGGUGCGGAGUCUUCCCUGCCCUCUCUGGGAGUGGAGAUCGCACCCACUGAGGGGAGCAUCCCAAUGCCAUCUGCUGACAUCACCCUAACAGGGACUGAGCUGGACGUGUCCCUCCCAUUGGUGGAGGUGGCUGCUGGAGAGAUUAAGGACAAAACUGAAGGGGCAAGGAUCAAAGGACAGCUGCCCAAGGUCCAGACGCCUGACAUCAAGAUGCCCAAGGUGGACCUGAAGGGCCCUAAGGUGGACAUCAGCCUUCCGGAAGUGGACGUGUCACUGCCCAAGGUUGAUAUGGAUGCCCCAGUUCCCGGGAUCUCCAUGGAAGGGGUGAAGGUGGAAGGAGACGUCAAGAUGGAAGACAAGGACAUCAAGACCAAGGAAGGCAAGUUCAAAAUGCCCUCUUUCAAGAUGCCAUCCUUUGGUGUGUCUGUGCCAAGCAAAUCAAUGGAAGCAUCGGUGGACGUGUCUCUGCCAGAGACAAAAGUGGUUGUGUCUCUCCCCUCCACUGAGGCAGAAGUCAAGACCAGUGACCUCAGCAUUCACCUCACAUCUGCCGACAAGGAAGGAAAGAGUGGUGAGGUGGGUGUGAAGCUCCCCAAGCGCCAGCUGCCCGAGGGAGACCUCGCAGGACAGGCUGUGGGAGCCAGACUCAAAGGGGACCAGCCCAAGUUCCAGACGCCCGACAUCAAGCUGCCAAAAGUGGACUUCAAGGCCCCCCAUGUGGACAUCGAGGGCCCCAAAAUGGACCUGAAGGCCUCCAAGGUGGACAUCAGCCUCCCCAAAGUGGAUUUGUCCCUGCCUAAGGUUGAGGUGGAUGCCCCAGCUCCCGGGAUCUCCAUGGAGGGUGUGAAAAUGGAAGAUGUCAAGAUGGAAUACGUCAAGACCAAGGAUAGCAAAUUCAAAAUGCCCUCUUUCAAGAUGCCAUCCUUUGGUGUGUCUGUGCCAAGCAAGUCCACUGAGGCCUCCAUGGAUGUGUCUCUGCCAGAGACACAGGUGGACGUGUCCCUCCCCUCCAUUGAGGGAGAAGUCAAGAUCGAUGACCUCAGCAUUCAACUCCCAUCUGCCAACGUGGAAGUGAAGGGUGGCGAGGUGGGCAUUAAGUUCCCUGAGGGCCAGCCGUCCAAAGGAGAGCUCAUGGGACAGGCCGAUGGAAGUGGUCUGAAAGGUCACCUGCCCAAGUUCCAGAUGCCCAGUGUCAAAGCCCCUCAGGUGGACAUCAAGGGACCCAAAGUGGACCUGAAGGGCCCCAAAGAAGACUUGAAAGCCCUUAAGGGGGAGGUGGCCACCCCUGAUGUGGACAUGUCCCUGCCCAGUGUGGAGGUGGACAUCCAGGGACCAGACUCCAAGGUAGAGGGUGACAUGUCCCUGGGAGACAAAGACUUGGCUGCCAAAGACAGCAAGUUCAAGAUGCCCAAGUUCAAGAUGCCAUCCUUUGGGGUGUCGGCUCCAAGGAAAAACUUGGGAACGUCCGUGGACUUGCCAGGGCCCAAAUCAGGUGCGGAGUCUUCCCUGCACUCCCUGGGUGUAGAGAUUGCACCUGCUGAGGGGAGCAUACCAGUGCUAUCUGCUGACAUUGCCCUACCAGGGAUGGAGCUGGACGUGUCCCACCCAGAGGUGGAAUUGGCUGCUGGAGAGCUGAAGGGCAAAACUGAAGGGGCAAAGAUCAAAGGGCACCUGACCAAGGUCCAGAUGUUAGAUAUCAAGAGGCCCAAGGUGGAGCUGAAGGACCCCAAGGUGGACAUCAGCCUCCCUGAAGAGAAUGUGUUGCUGCCCAAGGUUGAUGUGGAUGCCCCGUCUCCUGGGAUCUCCAUGAAGGGUGUGAAAGUGGAAGAUGUCAGGAUGGAAGACAAGGACAUCAAGGCCAAGGAAAGCAAGUUCAAAAUGCCCUCCAUCAAGAUGACAUCCUUUGGCAUGUCUGCACCAAGUAAGUCGAUGGAAGCAUCGGUGGACAUGUCCCUGCCAGAGGCAAAAGCGGAAGUGUCCCUUCCCUCUAUUGAGAGAAAAGUCAAGACCUGCGACCUCAGCGUUCAACUCCCUUCUGCCGACAAGGAAGGAAAGGGUGGUGAGGAGGGCGUGAAACUCCUCGUGGGCCAGCUGCCUGAGGGAGACCUCGCAGGACAGGCCGUGGGAGCCGGACUCAAAGGACACCAGCCUAAGUUACAGAUGCCCGACAUCAAGAUGCCCAAAGUCGACUUUAAAGCCCCAGAUGUGGACAUUGAGGACCCUAAGGUGGACCAGAAGUGUCCCAAAAAGGACGUGAAAGGCCCCAAGGGGGAGGUGACCACCACAGUUGUGCAGGUGUCCAUGCCUAGCGUGGAGAUGGACAUCCAGGCUCCGGAAAAGAAUGUGGUCCUGGGAGAUAAAGACUUGGCCACCAAAACCAGCAAGUUUAAGAUGCCCAAGUUCAAGGUGCCAUCCUUUGGUGUGUCUACGCCAAGCAAGUCUAUUGAGGCCUCCAUGGACGUGUCUCUGCCAGAGGCACAGGUGGACAUGUCCCUCCCCUCCAUUGAGGGAGAAGUCAAGACCAGUGACGUCAGCAUUCAACUCCCAUCUGCUGACAUGGAAGUGAAGGAUGGCAAGGUGGGUGUUAAAGACCCCGACGGCCUGCUGUCCAAAGAAGAGCUCACGGGACAGGCCAUUGGAAGUGGUUUCAAAGGGCACCUGUCCAAGUUCCAGAUGCCCAGUGUCACGGUGCCCAAAGUGGACUUCAAAGCCUCUCAGGUGGACGUCAAGGGACCCAAAGUGGACCUGAAGGGCCCCAAAGAAGACUUGAAAGCCCUUAAGGGGGAGGUGGCCUCCCCUGAUGUGCACAUGUCCCUGCCAAGCAUAGAGGUGGACAUCCAGGCUCCGGAUGCCAAGGUGGAGGGUGACGUGUCCCUGGAAGACAAAGACUUAGUUAUCAAAGACAGCAAGUUCAAGAUGCCCAAGUUCAAGAUGCCAUCCUUCGGUCUGUCUGCACCAAGCAAGUCAAUCGAGGCAUCGGUGGACGUACCUCUGCAGGAGGUACAGGUGGAUGUGUCCCUCCCCUCCCCCAGGGGAGAAGUCAAGACUGGUGACCUCAGCAUUCAACUCCCAUCUGCUGAUGUGGAAGUGAAGGAUGGUGAAGUGGGCAUGAAUCUCCCUGAAGGACAGUUGCCUGAGGGCCAGCUGCCCCAGGGAGAACUCACUGGACAGGCCAUGGUAGAAGAAUUCAAAGGGCACCUGCCCAAGUUCCAGAUAACCAGUAUCAAGAUGCCCAAGGUGGACUUCAAGGCCCCUCAGGUGGACACCAAGGGCCCCAAAAUGGACUUGAAGGGGCCCAAAUUGGACAUGAAAGGUUUCAAGGGGGAGGUGGACAACACAGACAUGGAGGUGGCUCUGCCAAGUGUGGAGGUGGACAUCCAGGCACCGGAUGCCAAGGUGGAGGGUCGCGUGUCCCUGAGAGACAAAGACUCGGCCACCAAAGACAGCAGGUUCAAGAUGCCCAAGUUCAGGAUACCAUCCUUUGGGGUGUCAGCUCCAGGGAAAGACUUGGGAACCUCUGUUGACUUGCCAGGGCCCAAAGUGGGUGUGGAAUCUUCCCUGCCCUCCUUUGGAGUACAGAUCGCACCUGCUGAGGGGAGCAUCCCAGUGCCAUCUGCUGACAUCAUCCCUCUAGGGGCUGAGUUGGAUGUGUCUCUUCCAGAGGUGGAGGUAGCUGCUGGAAAGCUGAAGGGCAAAACUGAAAUGGCAAGGAUCAAAGGGGACCUGUCCAAGGUCCAGAUGCCUGACAUCAAGAUGCCCACAGUGGACCUGAAGGGUCCCAAGGUGGACAUCAGCCUCCCUGAAGUGGACAUGUCACUGCCCAAGGUUGAAGUGGAUGCUUUGGCUCAUGGGAUCUCCAUGGAGGGCGGGAAAGUGGAAGGAGAUGUCAAGAUGGAGGACAAGACCACCAAGGCCAAAGAAGGCAAGUUCAAAUUGCCUUCCAUCAAGAUGCCAUCCUUUGGCGUGUCUGCACCAAGCAAGUCAACAGAAGCAUCGGUGGACGUAUCUCUGCCAGAGGCAGCAGUGGAUGUGUCCCUCCCCUCCAUCGAGGGAGAAGUCAAGACCAGCGACUUCAGCAUUCAACCUCCAUCUGCUGAUGUGGAAGUGCAGGGUGGCGAGGUGGGUGCUAAGGUCCCUGAGGGCCAGCUGUCCAAAGGAGAGCUCAUGGGACAGGCCGAUGGAAGUGGUCUGAAAGGUCACCUGCCCAAGUUCCAGAUGCCCAGUGUCACGGUGCCCAAAGUGGACUUCAAAGCCCCUCAGGUGGACAUCAAGGGACCCAAAGUGGACCUGAAGGGCCCCAAAGAAGACUUGAAAGCCCUUAAGGGGGAGGUGGCGACCCCUGAUGUGGACAUGUCCCUGCCCAGUGUGGAGGUGGACAUCCGGGUACCAGGCACCAAGGUGGAGGGUGACGUGUCCCUGGGAGACAAAGACUUAGUUAUCAAAGACAGCAAGUUCAAGAUGCCCAAGUUCAAGAUACCAUCCUUUGGUGUGUCUGUGCCAAGCAAGUCAAUAGAGGCAUCAGUGGACACAUCUCUGCAGGAGGCACAGGUGGAUGUGUCUCUCCCCUCCCCCAAGGGAGAAGUCAAGACUGGCGACCUCAGCAUUCAACUCCCCUCCGCUGAUGUGGAAGUGAAGGGCGGUGAAGUGGACAUGAAGCUCCGUGAAGGACCGUUGCCUGAGGGCCAGCUGCCACAGGGGGAGCUUGCAGGACAAGCCUCGGGAGAGGAACUCAAAGGGCACCUGCCCAAGUUCCAGAUACCCAGCAUCAGGAUGCCCAAAGUGGACUUCAAGGCCCCUCAGGUGGACACCAAGGGCCCCAAAAUGGACUUGAAGGGGCCCAAAUUGGACAUGAAAGGUUUCAAGGGGGAGGUGGACAACACAGACAUGGAGGUGGCUCUGCCAAGUGUGAAGGUGGACAUCCAGGCGACAGGUGCCAAGGUGGAGGGUGACGUGUGCCUGGGAGACAAAGACUUGGCCACCAAAGACAGCAAGUUCAAAAUGCCCAAGUUGAAGAUGCCAUCCUUCAGGGUGUCAGCUCCAAGCAAGGACUUGGGAAGCUCCGUGGACUUGCCAGGGCCCAAAACAGGUGCAGAGUCAUUCCCCCACUCCGUAGGAGUGGAGAUCACAGCUGCUGAGGGGAGCAUCCCAGUGCCAUGUGCUGACAUUGCCCUAUCAGGGGCUGAGCUGGACUUAUCCUUCCCAGAUGUGGAGGUGGCUGCUGGAGAGCUGAAAGGCAAAACUGAAGGGGCAAGGAUCAAAGGACAGCUGCCCAAGGUCCAGAUGCCCGACAUCAAGAUGCCCAUGGUGGACCUGAAGGGCCCCAAGGUGGACAUUAGCCUCCCUGAAGUGGAUGUGUCACUGCCCAAGGUUGAGGUGGACGCCCCAGCUCCCAGUAUCUCCAUGAAGGGCGUGAAAAUGGAUGGAGAUGUCAUGAUGGAAGACAAGGACAUCAAGGCCAAGGAAAGCAAGUUCAAAAUGCCCUCCAUCAAGAUGCCAUCCUUUGGCGUGUCUGCACCAAGCAAGUCAAUGGAAGCAUCAGUGGACGCAUCCUUGUCAGAGGCAAAAGUGGACGUGUCCUUCCCCUCCAUCAAGGGAGAUGUCAAGACCAGCGACCUCAGCAUUCAACUCUCGUCUGCCAACAAGGAAGGAAAGGGUGGUGAGGUAGACGUUAAGCUCCCCGAGGGCCAGCUGCCUGAGGGAGACCUUGUAGGACAGGCUGUGGGAGCCAGACUCAAGGGGCACCUGCCCAAGUUCCAGAUGCCUGACAUCAAGAUGCCCAAAGUGGAUUUCGAGGCCCCCCAUGUGGACAUCAAGGACCCCAAAGUGGACCUGAAGGGCCCCAAGGUGGACAUCGGCCUUCCCGAAGUGGACAUGCCCCUGUCUAAGGUUGAGGCGGAUGCUCUGGCUCCCAGGAUCUCCAUGGAGGGCAUGAAGGUGGAAGGAGAUGUCAAGAUGGAAGACAAGGACGUCAAGACCAAGUACGGCAAGUUCAAAGUGCCCUCUUUCAAGAUGCCAUCCUUUGGUGUGUCUAGACCAAGCAAGUCCACUGAGGCCUCUUUGGAUGUGUCUCUGCCAGAAGCACAGGUAGAUGUGUCCUUCCCCUCCACUGAGGGAGUAGUCAAGACUGGUGACCUCAGCAUUCAACUCCCAUCUGCCAACGUGGAAGUGAAGGGUGGCGAGGUGGGCGUUAAGUUCUCCGAGGGCCAGCUGUCCAAAGGAGAGCUCACAGGACAGGCUGACGGAAGUGGUCUUGAAGGGCACCUGCCCAAGUUCCAGAUGCCCAGUGUCACAGUGCCCAAAGUGGACAUCAAGGGACCCAAAGUGGACCUGAAAGGCCCCAAAGAAGACUUGAAAGCCCUUAAGGGGGAGGUGGCCACCACUGAUGUGGACGUGUCCUUGCCUAGCGUGGAGGUGAACAUCCAGGCACCAAGCACGAAGGUGGAGGGUGACGUGUCCCUGGGACACAAAGACUUAGUUAUCAAAGACAGCAAGUUCAAGAUGCCCAAGUUCAAGAUGCCAUCCUUUGGUGUGUCUGCGCCAAGCAAGUCAAUAGAGGCAUCAGUGGACGGAUCUCUGCAGGAAGCACAGGUGGAUGUGGCCCUCCCCUCCCCCAAGGGAGAAGUCAAGACUGGCGACCUCAGCCUUCAACUCCCCUCCGCUGACGUGGAAGUGAAGGGUGGUGAAGUGGGCAUAAAGCUCCCUGAAGGACAGUUUCCUGAGAGAGACGAACUCAAAGGGCACCUGCCCAAGUUCCAGGAACCCAGCAUCAAGAUGCCCAAAGUGGACUUCAAGGCCCCUCAGGUGGACAUCAAGGGCCCCAAAAUGGACUUGAAGGGGCCCAAAUUGGACAUGAAAGGUUUCAAGGGGGAGGGGGACAACACAGAUGUGGAGGUGGCUCUGCCAAGUGUGGAGGUGGACAUCCAGGCACCAGGUGCCAAGGUGGAAGGUGACGCGUCCCUGGGAGACAAAGAUUUGGCCACAAAAGAUAGCAAGUUCAAGAUGCCGAAGUUCAAGAUGCCAUCCUUCGGGGUAUCAGCUCCAAGAAAGGACUUGGGAACCUCUGUUGACUUGUCAGGGCCCAAAGUGAGUGCAGAGUCUUCUCUGCCCUCGCUGGGAGUAGCGAUUGCGCCUGCUGAGGGGAGCAUCCCAGUGCCAUGUGCUGACAUCACCCUACCAGGAGCCAAGCUGGACUUGCCCCUCCCAGAGGUGGAGGUGGCUACUGGAGAGCUGAAGGGCAAAACUGAAGGGGCCAGGAUCAAAGGGCACCUGCCCAAGGUCCAGGUGCCUGACAUCAAGUUGCCCAAAGUGGACCUUAAGGGCCCCAAGGUGGAUGUUAGCCUCUGCGAAGUGGACGUGUCCCUGCCCAGUGUUGAGGUGGGUGCCCCAGCUCCCGGAAUCUCCAUGGAGGGCGUGAAGGUGGAAGGAGAUGUCAAGAUGGAAGACAAGGACGUCAAGACCAAGGACGGCAAAUUCAAAAUGCCCUCUUUCAAGAUGCCAUCCUUUGGUGUGUCUACACCAAGCAAGUCCCUUCAGGCCUCUGUGGAUAUGUCUCUUCCAGAGGCACAGGUGGACGCGUCUCUCCCCUUCACUGAGGGAGAAGUCAAGACCAGUGACCUCAGCAUUCAACUCCCAUCUGCCGACGUGGAAGUGAAGGGUGGCAAGGUGGGCAUUAAGGUCCCUGAGAGCCAGCUGUCCAAAGAAGAGCCCACGGGACAGGCCGUUGGAAGUGGUCUCAAAGGUCACCUGCCCAAGUUCCAGAUGCCCAGUGUCACGGUGCCCAAAGUAGACUUCAAAGCCCCUCAGGUGGACAUCAAGGGACCCAAAGUGGAUCUGAAAGGCCCCCAAGUAGACUUGAAAGCCCUUAAGGGGGAAGUGGCCAUCCCUGAUAUGGACUCGUCCCUGCCCAGUGUGGAGAAGGACAUCCAGGUGGUGGGCAUCGAGGUGGAGGAUGACGUGUCCCUGAGAGACAAAGUUGUCAAAGACAGCAAGUUCAAGUUGCCCAAGUUCAAGAUGCCGUCCUUUGGGGUGUCAGCUCGGAGCAAGGACUUGGGAACCUCUGUGGACUUGCCAGCGCCCAAAGUGGAUGCAAACAUGUCCCUGCCCUCCCUGGAAGUAGAGAGCUCUCCUGCCAAGGGGAGCAUCCCAGUGCCAUCUGCUGACAUCACCCUAUCAGCAGCUGAGCUGGACAUGUCCCUCCCGGAGGUGGAGGUAGCCGCUGGGGAGCUGAAGGGCAAAUCCAAAGGGGCUACAAUCAAAGGGCACCUGCCCGAGGUCCAGAUACCCGAUAUAAAGAUGCCUGAGGUUGACCUGAAGGGCACCAAGGUGGAUAUCAGCCUCUCCGAUGUGGAAGUCCCUCUGCCCAAGGUCCUGCUGGAUGCCCCAGCACCCAAGCUCUCCCUGGAAGGCACGAAGGUGGAGGGAGAUGUAAAGCUGGGAGACAAGGACGUCAAGACCAAGGACAGCAAAUUCAAAAUGCCCUCCUUCAAGAUGCCAUCCUUUGGUGCGUCUGUACCAAGCAAGUCCAUCAAAGCACCAGGGGACGUGUCUCUGCCAGAGGCACAGGUGGACGUGUCCCUCCCCUCCUCUGAGGGAGAAGUCAAGACCAGCGACCUCAGGAUCCAACUCCCAUCUGCCGACAUGGAAGUGAAGGGAGGCGAGGUGGGUGUGAAGCUCCCCGAGGGCCAGCUGCCCGAGAGAGAGCUCAAGGUACAGGCCUUGGGAGACGAAUUCAAAGGGCACCUGCCCAAGUUCCAGAUGCCCAAAGUGGACUUCAAGGCCCCCCAGGAGGUCCUGAAGGACCCCAAAGUGGACUUGAAAGUCCUCAAGGGGGAUAAGGCCACCGAAGACACAGAGGUGUCUCUGCCCAGCGUCGAGUUGGACAUCCAGGCGCAGGGCACCAAGGUGGAGGGUGAUGCGUCCCUGGGAGACAAGGACGUGGUGGUCAAGGACAGUAGAUUCCGAAUGCCCCGACGCCUGAGCAUGCCUUCAUUUGGCAAGUCGUCCAGCAGGGUCGCCACGGGCUCGUCUCAGGUUGCAGGAAGUGUCAAAUGUCCCGAGUUGACAGUGUCCACAGCCACCACGGAGCCGGGUCUCAGUGCCUCUGGUCCUGACGUUCCUGAUUCCAGUGUGGGUGUCACCACGGCAUUGCCAGUUGGGAACGACGGAGAGAAAAGCAAAGCGAAGAAACCUCACUUCAAAAUGCCCAAAGGCUUCUUUCCACCUUUAAAGUCCUCUAAAGACCAGGUCACCCCCCACCAGGAUUCUGGGGUGCCUCCUCCCCAACAUGUCUCUGCCGCUCUCCCUGACAUCCCGGCUGGUCUGUCCCAGGAGGAGGUUUCGGCCAGUGGCACACAGUCCCCGCCGGUCCCCAAGGUGGGAUUGGCUGGUCUUCCGUCAGCCAAGCUCGAUCUCCGUGUUCCGCGUGAGGAAUCCGUCCUCCCUUCCAGCCAUGGCGUCACCCUAACAAAGUAUCAGGUGAUGCUCGCCAUGGCCACCGUGCACGCUGAGCUUCCUCCAGAUACAAUUCCUGUGCCGAAUACCGACGCACCCCUCCCCAGCCAUGAAGGCUCAGCUGAGCUGCAGCCCCACGACAAAGCCCCAGCCUCGACAGAAACUCUCCCCAGUCCUGGGGGGCCCCUGGCUCCUGCCACUUACGGAGGGGUGACUUUUCCUAAGUUCCAUAAACCGAAGUUUGGAUUUUCAGUCCUGACGGCAGCUGAUGCUGAGGGCGGGGGCUCUGCAGCUGAGAAAAUCGAGGCUUCCCCACCGCCCUGCACUGCUCUUCCGUCAGCUGAUGCCCCCGUCUGCACGGGGCUGGAGGGUCACUCUGGCCCUGACAUCACAGCAGCUGUGGCACUGGGAGAAGCCCCCUCUCACGACACUGAGUGUGAAGCGAAGGGGAGUCCCUUCAAAAGGCCCAGGCUCAAGCUUCCGUCACUGAGCUGGUCUCCCAAGGAGGCAGGGCCACAAAGAGAUCCCGAGGGCAGCUCUGCAGACACGGAGCUCAGCCUGGGUUUAGACCCUGAUCAGCCUGGCGCCCAGACUGGGAUCCACGCGUCACAGGUGGAAGCGGAUGCAGAUCUGCCCCCCGAGAAAGAUGGCUCGAAGGGGAGGAUGAGAAAGUCGGGCUUCACCAUGCCAAAGCUUCCAUUUUCCAAGGUAAAGGGAGGACCUGGCCUGCCCCCGGGGGAGGUCCAGCCUUGUCUUUCUGGCCCCAAAGCAGCUGCAGAAAGGACCAGCAGCGACAAGGAUGUGGCUGGCGGGGCGCCCGACGGAGAGGACCAGGACCCCACUCUGGGCCUCACCAAACCCGUGCACAGACCCUCUGAGGCCGAGGUGGAGGUGAGCUGGCCGGAGGCCACCACUCGUCUUCCCGAGCAUGACCCGUCUCUCCAGGAGAGCAGUGUGGGGCUUGGGCUCAAGGACAGCCCAGCACACCCACCCCACAGGGAAGGCACAGCCCCUCCAAUGGAACAGGCGCUCCAGCCAGCCAGUGCUCUGCUGGGCGCCGACACCCACACGGUGGAGAGUCUUGACGGGGAUGCUCAGGCGACCGGGGCACCAGCGGGCUCGAAGGAGGGCUGGUUCAGAGUGCCCAAGUUCCACCUGCCCGGCUUCUGGCGCGCGUCCACCAAGGAGAAGAGCAAGGCGGCAGUAGCUGAGGCUCAGGGCCCCGGACCUGGAGGCGGGGACGCAGCAGCUGGAGUGCAGACUCAGGGGGCCAAUGUCCAGGGGUCGACAGAGGAGACAGCUGUGUCGCUGCAGCCCACAGAUGCCAAGGCAGACGGGACGGCCUCCGAGACCGACUCGUACGCAGAUGUCCUGAAACGUGAUGUCCAUGGCACCGGCUUGAAUAUGUCCCUCGCCACUGCCCGUGCGGCCGCGGCUGAUCUCUCUGCUCCUGAGGCCGGGGUCGGUCCUGGUGAAGGCUCCCUCCCCCUCUGGAUGCCCCUCGGGAGGCUGUCAGAGGGUCAGUUUCCCCCAGGGCAGACGGACGAGACUGCUCCUCCAGGACCCGAAGGUGGCCCUACCAGUGUGGAGGAAGGAGCGGAAAGACAGCUCGCCCCCACCGAAGGGCCUCUGAAACUGAAGACUUCACAGACUGAGAUGCCAGCCCAGGUUUCCGUCAUCCAGGUGGACCGGCUCUGGGAGGAUUCCGUGGUCACAGUCACAUUCCCCAAGUUGAAGUCACCGAGGUUUGCUUUCCAUGCCUCCAGCACAGAUGCUGACGUCUUCGUCCCCUCCGUGAGGGAAGUGCCGUGCCUGGGGACAGGCACCGAGGGGGACUUGCAAGGGGAAAGCCCUGGUGUGUGGGGCGCCACCAUCCUGAAGGCUGGCUCCGGGGUCCCUGCGGAGCAGCCGGGGGAUGCGGCUGACUCCUCGGAAGCAUCCCCCCGCUCCAGGGUUAGAGUGCACAUUCAGGGUGCCCGGGUGGAAAGCCAAGCGGUUACUGCGGGCAGUGGGGUCACGCCAGUGUCCACCGAGUCAUCAGGACCUGAGGCCUUUCCCACUCAGAUUGUGCGAGAAUCGGAGGUCCCCGCAUCUGAGAUCCAAAUGCCUUCUUAUGGAUUUUCCUUGCUAAAGGUGAAAAUCCCAGAGCCCCCCCAACAGGCUAGAGUGCACGUGGCCAUUCACGGCUCCCAAGCGGGAGAGGCCUCAGAAGAGGCCCCCCAGAAAGCCGCCCCAGAAGUGGACCCCAUUUCUGCAGACCUGCAGCCCGACACUGGAGAACCAUUUGAGAUCAUCUCUGCCAGCGUCAGCGUGCCGAGACUGCACGCCUGCCCAUCCGAAGUUCCCGCUGGCCGUCAGGGUGCCGACAGCUGUUCCGAUGAGGAGCCAGCGGAAAUUCUUGAGUUCCCCUCUGAGGACAGCCGAGAGGUGGCCACCCUGCCGGCAGAUGAAGACGUGGGCCAAAAGGAGAAGUUGGCAAGUAAAAAGCCUUCUGGUCUGUUCCGGUUUUGGCUUCCGAACAUUGGGUUUUCUUCUUCCGUCGAUGAGACAUGUUCAGAUCCCAGAGAUGAUGUCCAAAUAUCUGCUCCCAUUGAAACGCAGCCCGAGGCGGGACCAGAGACAGAGCUGCCUAAAAAGCAGGAGAAGGCGGGCUGGUUUCGAUUUCCCAGAUUAGGCUUCUCCUCUUCUCCUACCAGGAAGAGUAAAAGCACCAAAGACGAAGCCAAGCUUGCAGAGCAAACUGUCCAAGAAGAGGGAGUCACCUUUUUUGAUACACAUGAAAGUUUCUCCCCUGAAGACAAGGAAGAAGGUGAGCUGGCAGAGGCUGGGCCUGCCUGCGGGAUGGAGACGUCCACUGCAAGAACCGAGCAGAGCCUGCUGGAGCAGGAGGAACACGCCAGCGGUGAGUCUGCUCCCAGGCCCACCACCAAAUGAGGGCCGGGAGGUGGGAUCCUCAGCUGAAGGCAGACAUACGCGAAGCCCGAAAACAGAGUUUGUGCACGUGUAUGGCACACCCCACCCUGACAAUGCUUUACUGAGAACGAAGCAGAAACGAGAAGGUCCUUGCAACCAUCACGUCCUAAAAUGUCCUCCUAAAAUGCGACCUGAAAAGUGCCUAGCUCCCCCAAAUUCUUGCAAGCAAGGGAGGCACUCUGACUCCCCACCAGACUCAGAGUUCACAAUAUAAUGUUGCUUCUGGAAGCGUGGCUGGAGAAGAGUUCUUGCUAAAUA